UUUCAACCAGAUGAAAAUAGUUGCUGUUUUGUUUCACUUUCUUAAAUUUUAGAAAUUUUUGAAACUCUUGCUCUUAUCAUAUUACCCUUUUCCCAAUCGAUGAUGUGAUAGGCCAAGUAUACUGCCAUUGUGUUUUUCAAUCCAAACAAAGGCUCUUAGUCAACUUUGAAAGAAGGUUAAGGUACCACUAGGUUUCGAUUUCUCCUCACAGUAAACUGCUUCUGUCACUUUAUUUGAUUGCGUGUUCAAGUUUCUAUCGAACCCAUUUCUCUCCACUCCCACCCUCCAUUAACCCUUCAUUCCAUCUUCAACUCAAUCAAUGCACUCGAAGUUUUUAUGCAUGACUCAUCCUGCAGAAAUAAGCAUACACCUUUGUAUACUGCAGGAAGAUCCACCCACAGGGGUAAGUGGAGCUCCCACUGACAACAACAUCAUGAUAUGGAAUGCUGUGAUAUUUGGGCCACAUGAUACCCCAUUUGAAGAUGGUACUUUCAAAUUGACAAUAGAAUUUACUGAAGAGUACCCCAACAAACCUCCCACUGUGAGAUUUGUGUCAAAAAUGUUCCAUCCCAAUGUGUAUGCAGACGGUGGAAUUUGUCUGGAUAUCCUUCAGAAUCGGUGGAGUCCUACUUAUGAUGUUUCUGCCAUCCUUACAUCUAUACAGUCUCUCUUAAGUGAUCCAAAUCCGAACUCUCCUGCAAACUCAAUGGCGGCUCAACUUUACAAAGAGAACCGAAGAGAGUAUGAAAAAAGAGUGAAAGCCUGCGUGGAGCAAAGUUUUGUAGACUAGUGACCACUCCUUCAAAUUUGGCUAAUUGGAUUGAAGAUUUUUGCUUAAAAGCAUAGUUUAUUAGUGAUUUCCCCUCUUCUGUGUUACCAAAAACUAAGACAAAAAUAUGAUUUAAAAAAAUAUGUGAGAGUGAAGAGCUGCUGAAUUGAAUCAGUGUUACUCGGGUGGACUUGCCGGGAGCAAUUUUGGAACAUCUGUCUACUUUGCACCAAAUAAGAUUGCAAUAGCAGAAUAAUUUGCAGAGCUCAUUUGUUUUAGUACCUUUUUUUUUAUUGUCUUUUUUUUCUCUGAAGUGGCAAAAUGUGUGUGGUGAAUUUCCAUUUCUUUAUGAUUAAACUGGAGCUCACUCAACUGGGCCUUUGAAAUGAGUUCAGCAGGUAUCUGUGAUAGCUCCAAGUGUAACAGACCCAUUAGCCAAUGAUCCAUCCGCUUGCUUAAAUUAUUGCUAUGUGUUUCCUCUCUGCUCCCUUUCGUUUACUUAAAAUACUCUUUGCCCUAGCCUUGCUCCAAUAGACUAAUCGUACUAAAAUUGCCAAUGCAAGUUUUAACAAAGAAAUUCUUGUAUGAGGAAUUGAACUUAAAAGAAUGGAAUGUUCACAUACUCCAUAUCAAACAAUGAUAUGAGUAAUAAGUAGCACAUGAUAAACUGAGGUUAUAAUUGAAAUUGCAAUCUGUAGAAACACUGUGCUGUUAAGUCGUGGAGGAGCAGUUGAAUUAAACAUUCAAUUAUGAGUCUCAUAUUCUAUGGCUUAGAAAAGGUUUUUUUCAUUUCUUCAGUUUUUUAUUUUUUUCUUAGUGUAUUUGUGAUUUCCUGUUAUUGAGGUUGCUUUUCUUGUCUGUGAGUUUUGCAGUGGGCAUUGCAAUGAACCAAUUUGCCUUCCACAACUUGCUUGGCACCAAAGAUGAAAUUCUGUAGUCCGGAUUCUGGAUUAGUGCCUUUCCGAUGGGCCAGUCUAAACUGGUAUCUGUAGGAAAACCAGACUCUUGCACUAUCAAGUCUACUAUUUCCCCUUUCCCCUACCUUCAAAUUAGUCCCCUUUUAUUUAAAAAAAAAAUCUAGAAAGGGAGCCUGAUUUUCAAUUGAUUUUCAAUGUUAUGUGCGUCAUGUCAUAGACUAAAGAGCGAUGUCUCGUGAUAAAUGUAAUUAUAUAUAGAUGUGAUAAAGAGAGCUUUCAGUUCUUUGCCAGAAGAAAACAGAACCAACCAUGUUUAAAAUAAUUCACAUUGGUGGUGUAUGGAAAAUGUUAAUGACAGCUUGAGGGCAAGCAGAACUUGUUAAGUGCUUGCCUUCAAAUGUCUGUCUCAAGUUUUACCUACAAGAUCUUUUGUUCUUACUCAGGUACACCAGCUUAUUAUGGUUUAUUUUUUCUAUACUAUCAGUAUAAUCUGACUAGUUUCCUAACAUGUUUUGUUUUUUGUUUUUCUAAAAUAUUUUGAUUCUGAGAAUUUGCCUUGAAAGUUUUUUAAUUGCACAGGAACAUAAAAAGUUUUUAUUAAACUAUUAUGUUGUGAAAUGUAUGUAUAUUUCUAGUGUAUGAAUAAAUUCAUUAAGAACUAA